CCGCUGUCCCGGGGGCAGGACCUCCUCAUGUGGUUCGCCGACGACCUCCUGGCGUGCCUGCGCCUGCCGUUCCUCGCCCCUCACAACAUACAAGGCGAGAAACGAUACGUGUGCCACCACUGCGGACGGACCUUUGAGUUCCCCAACCCGCUCAAGCUGCACCUGGCCCUAGACUGCGGGCGCGAGGACCUGACCGAGCUGUGGCGCCGCCUGCAGCGCCUCGGGGAGGACGACGUCGACGAGGCCCUGGACGGUCGCCGCAAGGACACGUCGGCGUUCAGGCCGUACUGGGCCACUGCCAGCAACACGUCGGCCGACAGCGGAGUCUCCUCGCUGAGCAGGCUGAGCUCCAGCCUCAACGGCAGCCUCGGGAGCAACGGGCAGACGGC